GUUUCUCUGUUUGAAGAAUAUACGGACAUUUCUCACGGCCUGUUGUGAGACAUUUGGAAUGAGGAAAAGUGAACUCUUUGAGGCCUUUGACCUGUUUGAUGUUCGUGACUUUGGAAAGGUUAUAGAAACGUUAUCAUGGCUCUCUCGUACACCAAUAGCAUUGGCCACAGGGAUCAGGCCUUUUCCAACAGAAGAAAGCAUUGAUGAUGAAGACAUCUACAAAGGCCUUCCAGACUUGAUAGAUGAAACUCGUGUGGAGGAUGAAGAAGAUCUCUAUGACUGUGUCUACGGGGAAGAUGAAGGCGGAGAAGUCUACGAGGACUUAAUGAAAGCAGAGGAAGCACAUCAACCUAAAUGUCCAGAAAAUGAUAUACGGAGUUGUUGCCUAGCAGAAAUUAAACAGACAGAAGAAAAAUAUACAGAAACUUUGGAGUCAAUAGAAAAAUAUUUCAUGGGACCACUAAAACGAUUUUUGACACCAGUAGAAUUUGACUCAGUAUUCAUCAACAUUCCUGAACUUGUAAAAGUUCAUCGGAACUUAAUGCAAGAGAUUCAUGAUUCCAUUGUAAAUAAACAUGACCAGAACUUGUAUCAAGUUUUUAUUAACUACAAGGAAAGAUUGGUUAUAUAUGGGCAGUACUGCAGUGGAGUGGAGUCGGCCAUCUCUAACUUAGACUAUAUUUCUAAGACAAAAGAAGAUGUGAAACUAAAAUUAGAGGAAUGUUCCAAAAGAGCAAAUAAUGGGAAAUUUACACUUCGAGAUUUGCUUGUGGUUCCUAUGCAACGUGUUUUGAAAUAUCACCUUCUUCUCCAGGAACUGGUUAAGCAUACUACUGACCCUGCUGAAAAGGCGAAUCUGAAACUGGCUCUUGAUGCAAUGAAGGAUUUGGCACAAUAUGUGAACGAAGUGAAAAGAGAUAAUGAGACCCUUCGUGAAAUUAAACAGUUUCAGCUAUCUAUAGAGAAUUUGAAUCAACCAGUUUUGCUUUUUGGACGACCUCAGGGUGAUGGUGAAAUUCGAAUAACCACUCUGGACAAACAUACAAAACAAGAAAGGCAUAUCUUCUUAUUUGAUCUGGCAGUGAUUGUAUGUAAAAGAAAAGGUGAUAACUAUGAAAUGAAGGAAAUAAUAGAUCUUCAGCAGUACAAGAUAGCCAACAAUCCUACAACUGAUAAAGAAAACAAGAAGUGGUCUUAUGGCUUCUACCUCAUCCAUACUCAAGGACAAAAUGGGUUGGAAUUUUAUUGCAAGACAAAAGAUUUAAAGAAAAAAUGGCUGGAACAAUUUGAAAUGGCUUUAUCUAACAUAAGGCCGGACUACGCAGACUCCAACUUCCAUGACUUCAAGAUGCACACCUUCACUCGGGUGACAUCCUGUAAAGUCUGCCAGAUGCUCCUGAGAGGAACUUUUUAUCAAGGCUAUUUAUGUUUUAAGUGUGGAGCAAAAGCACAUAAAGAAUGCUUGGGAAGAGUAGACAAUUGUGGCAGAGUGAAUUCUGGUGAACAAGGGCCGCUCAAGCCACCAGAGAAACGAACCAAUGGACUCCGAAGAACUCCCAGACCUGUGGAUCCAGGUUUGCCAAAAAUGCAGGUCAUUAGAAACUAUACUGGAACACCACCCCCGGCUCUUCAUGAAGGACCCCCCUUACAUAUCCAGGCAGGGGAUACAGUUGAACUUCUGAGAGGAGAUGCGCACAGUCUGUUUUGGCAGGGUAAAAAUUUAUCAUCAGGAGAGGUUGGAUUUUUCCCAAGUGAUGCUGUUAAACCUUCACCAUGUGUGCCCAAACCGGUAGAUUAUUCUUGCCAACCCUGGUAUGCUGGAGCAAUGGAAAGAUUACAGGCAGAGACUGAACUGAUUAAUAGGGUAAAUAGUACUUACCUUGUGAGGCACAGGACCAAAGAGUCAGGAGAAUAUGCAAUUAGCAUUAAGUACAAUAAUGAAGCAAAGCAUAUCAAGAUUUUAACAAGAGAUGGCUUUUUCCACAUUGCAGAAAAUAGAAAAUUUAAAAGUUUAAUGGAACUUGUGGAAUAUUACAAGCAUCAUUCUCUUAAAGAAGGGUUCAGAACCUUAGAUACCACUCUGCAGUUUCCAUACAAGGAGCCAGAACAUUCACCUGGACAGAGGGGUAAUAGAGCAGGCAACAGCUUGUUAAGUCCAAAAGUGCUGGGCAUUGCCAUCGCUCGGUAUGACUUCUGUGCAAGAGACAUGCGAGAACUGUCCUUGCUGAAAGGAGACGUGGUGAAGAUUUACACAAAGAUGAGUGCGAAUGGCUGGUGGAGAGGCGAGGUGAACGGCAGGGUGGGCUGGUUUCCAUCCACAUAUGUGGAAGAGGAUGAAUAAAUUCCAAUCCAGCAUUGCACCCUGCACCAGAAAUCUCAGAGAACGAAUAAACAGAGCCUGCACAGCAUUAUGAAUUACCUGAAGUGUUUAAAAGCUGCAUUUCUGGCUGUUCAACGUCCUCCCUCCUUUUCCCCGACUAAGUCUUAAUGCUGGUAUUUCUAAAGAUGCUGGUACUGACAGAUUAAUGGCUUGCCUAAAGCCAUGCAAGAAAAAGCCUGCCUGCCUGUCUAUUGUCAGGGACCAGGGCAAGGCCAAAAGCUUUUCUUCCCAAAAGAUUCCUGCAAACACAUUCUCAUUCAGGUUUAUCUUUUACCUCCAUCAGGUCAGGUACCCUAGAUGCAAGCCACAAGUAAGUGCAUAGUUUCUUUAUUUUCAUGUGCUAGUCACCAGAAUUUCUGGUGGUACAAGAAGCAGAGAUUUAAUUCUGCUUUUCCUAGCAUGAAAAAAAAAAAAAAAAGAAAAUUUCCAUUUGGGAAAGAUCCAGCUUACUGAAAAGAUCCAGCGUUACCUGUCGUAAUUGUCCAACAGGUGACUCAUUGCCCAGCAAACAAUUUUACCCUCAGAUGUUAGCCAUGAUAAAAUAUAAAAGUGACAUGCUGAGGUUUGCAUCAUAAGUGAGAUAUUCCAGAAAGGUUUCAAUUACUCAUUUGAUGUUCUGAUUAUGUUUGCAUGCCCCCUUUUUAUAAAGAGGGGGUCAAAGCACAUGAGAGAGAAUUGUUUUCAUAUGAAAUUUCACAGCCUUCAUGAUUCCGUAGGGUUAUUUUGGAAAUGCGCUACUUGAUGAAAUAAUCCUGGCCAGGUAUAUUAUGGGUCAUUUCCCAUAACUGAGUAAGGUGGCAUUGUUUACGGAAGCAGAUCGAGGGCUCUAAUCUGUAGUAAAUAAUUUUAUAGCAGCAGUAUCUAUUAACAUUAGCCUUUCCUUCCUCCCGGAUAGACCUGGAACAUAUUGUUGAAUCCUGUAUUUUCUUGGAGUAUCUGCCUCAGCACAAACAAGUUUUUUGAGGAUUUGGGAAAGAAAGCACAUCUGGGUCCUUUAUGCAUUUCAGGGACAAAAAUGGGGUCACAGGGCCUCUGUGGACUUGUGACUUUUCUGAGUCUUCCUUUUUGCAGGCCUUUCUAGGCAUGUGUUACCUAGCAGAAGAUGGGUUUUGCAGUACCUUAAUUUUAUGAAGUCUUCGUAUUUUUAUGUGAGGAUCUAAAUAUAUUCUUCCUGGAAUGCCCAGAGUCUCCAGUUCAUGCUGUCAAGACACUAACUUGGCCCCUUCCUGAUGAAAUAUUUCCUCCACAGUGGGAGUGCUAUUCUGAAAAGAUGCAGAAAGUGUUUUAUGUUUGGGACAAACAAAAAUUUGAAGCGUUAACUUCAUAGAGGCAAACUAGGAACACUCAGUUCUGAAAUUUUGGAUCAUCUCAGAAAUGUGGUGGCUAUACCUGCCCUCUUCCCAGCACACUUGGGUGUCAGAACAUAAUGUCCAGUGGUCACACACUCCCUGCUAGAGACCCUCGUGGGAUAGGACUCCUCAUCUACAGUAGAUUCAAGACCUUUACCUCAGAAUUAUGUAAACUGUGAUUGUCUUUCAGAAAAAUUGCUAUAAUUAGUUACAUUUUUGUAUAUGUGUAAAUGACCAUGAAAAUUAUUUUAUAAAAUGUUCUGUACAGUAGAGUUACACCGAGGUGAACUGUUGGAGUGGAUUCCUUCCUGUAAAGUCAUAUCUGUGACUGUGUCUUGGGAAUAUUUGUGUGUUACUGUCAGCCAAGUGUUGUUACAGAGUGCAGCUUCACACAAACUGAAGCUCUCCUUUGUAUAGUAUUGUGGCCUGUAUUGUUUAUUUCGGUCACUAGACUUUCACAUUGCGUUCCAUUGGCCUGGAGGUUUCAUAGCAGAACAUAUUAGAUCCGUUUUCAUGACAUUACCAGUUACAUCUUUGUCUAUGUUCAAUACUUUGUAUUGCAAACUUUAAAUGCUGCGGAUUUGUGUAGAUUUCUAAUACCAAAGACAGAAGUAAAUG